CCGUCGGUCUUUAUAAUUGUCGCGGGAAUUCCAGUUAAUAUGGUCUUUUUAACAUUCUGUUCAUACUUGCUACCGAAGACUAACAGGAUUUACAGUAAAUAAUGACAGUCCCGGUGAGUUUUGCCUGAGGUCGUUGAACUCGCUCCACAAGCUGCGGUGCCAGUUCGGGCUAGGCUCUGUUUCAGACUGGCCGCAAGGCGCACCAACCCUACUAUUGUGAGACAUUCAGACCAACGCCUAGCUUUCAGCUGUCUGUUUUGGGAUCCACGAUUGCUCACUGAUCGCCGCCCGAGUCGGACACUCACUUGUGCCCCUUAGGAAUGUCAGACCAGCACUUUUAAGGCGGUCUGUUUGGGGAUCCGCGCCGCUGCCCGUCUUCACCUGUGUUGGACACUCGCUCAGUCCGCUUCCGGUCCCCCUGAGGACUAGAACCAGACAAAAUGGCCAGUUCUUGCACGACGAUUGUUCUCGCGUUGUUGUUCUUGGUGGGGUCAUCUUUCCUGGGAUCGCACACGACCGUCUUCGGACAGGAACAAACCGCUACACCGAAGACGACGCCAGAAAAUCCCACGUGUGUGCCUCUCCAGAAUCUUUUUCAAACAAUGCAAGGAUCAUGUGCCAUAGACAUCCAGCCAUAUGCAAAUCAGCCUGGACGAGAUGGUAUUUACAGUGUUACAGUGCCUCGACAAAGACUAAAUCCAGGCCUUGACAUGGAAGCCAUGUUGGUUACAGUCAACUGGAUUCAGUUCACUGCGUACCACACAACUAUUCGAGAGCUGGGACCACAGGUCCUGCAGGCACGAGUCACAUACAACCUAGAUGGGGAACCUGUCAUGGCAGAUGCUUCUGGGCUGGUGCCCCAAGUUCCCAGCAGUACUCCACUUGAGCUGGUGUUCCCCAGACCACUGGCAGUACAGGAAAACCAAGUCCUGAACAUCACUCUACAUAUGCGGAUUAACGAAGGGCCUCUCAUCCAGCAGUGUUCAUCAUGUGUGGGACUCAACAUCACGCUGUAUCAGGUCAGCUGCAACUUUCAGCCAAAGUCCUUUGAUUACAAUGGAGCAUGCCUGAGGGCCUUCAGUGCUUGGAGGACUGAACUUGAAAAACAAGGAGGAGCAGGGACAUGCCAAGACAUUCAACUGGACCGACACUUUCUUGGGCGAUACAGCAAAUGCUUUGUUCCCCCCAGUAUUGAGUACAUCACAUCUCGUGUGGCGGGGUCGGUCGGUCAACCUGCCAGGCUGGUCUGUAUCACAGGUGGCAACCCGGCGCCCUCUGUCAAAUGGCUGCGGAAACGCACCCUGUUCACAAACUCAAGCGGAAACACAAUCGUCUUUGAUCCCCUGUCUCCAGCUGAUACGGGAAAAUAUGUCUGUGUUGCUGAGGAGAGAGAGUUCUUCAAUAGAACCAUCAGAGCAAAUGCCACCUUGGAAUUACAGGGACAAGCUUGUGAGCAGUACCAGGUGGCACAUGCUAACCUUUUGCGUGAAUGUGCAGUGUCAGCUGCUACAGUGCGACAGCAAGGAUGUGGGCAGUUUUCUGUCCCAUUUCGGAAUGGAACUGUAACUAUAGACCAGAUCCAGGUCAUACUGCGUGCUGAGGGAGACCUACCGUGGGUUCGGCCAGGAGAAGUAGCAGGUGUGGUCAACCUGACCGUCACCAUACUGCAGGUGGAAAACAAUCCUCCGUCAGAAGUCCCAGCACGGCGAAGACGCCGCCGUGACACAGGAGCAAAGACCGCAGACAAUCAUGUUCUGUUAAAACGGGCCAAGCGGCAAACAUUACAAGAUCCACAGGAAGAGAUUAUCCACCAACAGGUCUACCAGAAUGUGCUGGCACUAGCUGCAUCUGGUUACGAAGUUUCUGCAAGCAUAACAAUAGAACCAGUUGAUGUCGUACCUGGCAAAACAUUACUGAUCAAAGUUGCAGAAGAGGGACCAAACAGGCCGACAGUUUGUGAAUUACGUGAGGCUGGUGUCUUCCCACAGUUCCAGUUGAGGGGCUACAGUUUGCACCCUUGUGGCUUACCAUCUUGUCAGCAAAGGUUUAAUGAAUGGAUUGCUGCCAGAAAAGCUGUACCUGAUGGUAACCAGUGUGUUGGACCUGACUUUGUGACCCAACAGUACUCCAAAUGUUUUGUUGCCCCUGAGGUCUUCAUAGGACCCUCAAAAGCACAGGAGGUGAUUGUAGGAGAGACUGUCACCAUCACAUGUAACACCACAGGGUUUCCCACUGAUUAUAACUACCAGUGGACAGUGGAUGGAACAGUAGUACCAAACCAGGGAGGUCCUGUCUUCAGGUAUGAUGGUGUAAGUGGUGUUCACAAGAUCAAGUGUAAGGUGACAAGUUCAGGUGGUGAGACAGAGUCUAAGGACUUAACUGUGACAGUGCUUCCAGAAGGAACUGUAACAUGUAGAGAUAUCCAGAGUCUGUUUACACCUAUGCAAGGAUUGUGUGUCAGAGAGUGGCCAGCACGUGGGACAAGAGCUACAGAGGAUGGCACUUAUCCAUUUUUUGUGUUGUUCUCUGAAACCAGAGAAAAAAUACAAGCAAUCUCGGUGAGAGUUGACUGGGACCAGUUCCCCAUGUACCACAGAAGUCUCAGACAAGCUGGAGUUGGGACACUUAAUGCACAAGUAACCUACAACAGGGAGGGGCAAGUCUUCAGUGUAACUGCCACUGGUCAGGUAACUGUUGAGACCAGAGGUAUAGUGGAACUGUUUUUCUCCAGGCCGCUUGUAGUUCAUGGAGGACAGAAUGUGAACAUCACCCUACAGCUGCAGCUGUCUGAGUCAGACAGUUCACCAGUUGUGAACCGGAACUGUUCAGCAUGUGUGGGGCUCAAGUUAUGGGCCUAUCAGAGAAACUGUGACUUCAGCCCUGGUGGAAAUGGACGAUGCUUGAGGGCAUUCCAAGCUUGGUGGACAAAACUUGCAAAAAGGGGCGGGGCAGGAUCAUGCCAAAAAUAUUACCUGGACCAGUCCUUUCUUGAUAAAUACCAGAAAUGCUUUGUACGGCCUGCUCUACGGUACAUCACCUCUCCAGUUAAGGCAGUCUACAGGCAGCCUGCUAGGCUGGUGUGUGUGGCUAGUGGUGGCCCCCCACCUUCUGUACGAUGGUUGAAGAACGACAAACCAGUCAAUAAUUCUGACAGAAACACCAUUGUGUUCAACUCUGUGACUCCAGCCGAUACCGGGAUCUAUACCUGUGUUAUUGAAGAGAGGGAGUUCUUCAAUCAGACUGUCACAGCAACUGCCAGCUUGGAGCUACAGGGACUGGCGUGUACAAAGCUACAGCAGACUGAGACCCGGCUGUUCAGGGAAUGUGCUUCACCUGCUGGUUUUAGAUACAAUCCAAUGUACAGUGAAGAAUCAUAUGAAGUCUGUAUGCCGCAGGUGUUUGUUGUACAGCAGAACACAAGCAUCUAUCAGCUGCAGCUUCGACUGUAUGAAUGGCAAUCAUUGUCAUGGAUACCAAGUAAUGGUAAAGCAGGCGCCGUAAAUCUCAAUGUCACUAUACUGUGGCAGGGAAAACAAACAAUUCAGCCACUUCGUCGACGGAAUGUCCGGGCGUCAGAUGUUGACAGUCAGUCAUCAGUUAACCGCUUUAAACGUGCAGAAGUGGAACAAACCAUCAUUCUCCACCAAAACGUCUAUCCAAAUGUGCUGGGAUUGAUAGAAGCUGAUGGUGAACAGUUAACCCUGAAUGUGAUGAUUGAACCUGUGAAUGUAGCAGAGAAUGAUAUCCUACAAGUGGACAUCACAGAAGAGGGGUCAAACAGAUCUAUAUUAUGUGACUAUCCAGACAUCCAGUUAAUGGGACACAUUUUUGCGCCCUGUAAUACCGCUGGUGUUAGGAACAUCAUACCAAAUGAUUUCAGUGACAUUCUAUAUAAUAAUGUCCUUGGUGAGACCUUAGGAAUUCAAGAGCAAGGCAUGCCAAUGCCAACUUGCCAGGAAAGGUACUCUGACUGGCUUGUUGCCAGGAAGGCAGUGCCAGAUAGAGACAGUUGUGUUGGGCCAGACCUGGUGACCAGGCAGUACCAGAAAUGUUUUGUUCCCCCUGAGGUGAGUACAUGUCCUUCAGAGAUUGAGGAUCUGGUAGUGGGAGAGUCUGUCACCAUCACAUGUAACACCACAGGGUUUCCCACUGAUUAUAACUACCAGUGGACAGUGGAUGGAACAGUGGUACCAAACCAGGGAGGUCCUGUCUUCAGGUAUGAUGCUGUAAGUGGUGUUCACAAGAUCAAAUGUAAGGUGACAAGUUCAGGUGGUGAGACAGAGUCUGAGGACAGCACUGUGACUGUGCUCCCAGAAGGCACCAUGACGUUUGUUUCUGGUAUCAGGAUAACAGGCAGGAACUUCACCCCUGAGAUGUCAGACCCAUGUUCAGCUGCUUUCCAGAACAUCAGCCAAGACAUCAAGGACUGGAUUAAUCCAGCUGUGAAUAGUGUCCAAGGCCAGAAAUCCAUCAGAGUAAAGUAUGCAAAACCAGGAAGUAUCAUUGCAAGUAACAACAUAAAUGUGCAGGAUUCUGUGCUCCAAGACAGGGACCUGUAUGACGGUAUCUCUAACGCCCUCAGAACAGCUGCCCAGGCUCCUAGUUCUCUAGGGGUGGAUCCAAACAGUCUCACACUCUUAAGUGCAACAACAUGUUACGGUGAAACAGUGACUGCAACAAACUCAACAUCCAAUCGUGUGAGCCUGACUUUUCCAAGCUCUACAGGAGACACACACAUGUACUCAACUCAAAGGUGUGCCAACAACACAGAAAGUGCUGGUAUUCCACUGGCAGUCCGAAGGUGCAUGGGAACCUUUCAGACUGGAGUGAGCUGGGCAAGCCCAGAGAUGUUGGACUGUGGACUGGACCUGUCCAAACUGGCACAGGUGCCUGUUACUUCAGAUAAUGUAGCACAAGUUGCUGCAGAGUUACAGAUUCUUACAUCUGAUGGAAGAUCACUUACAGCAGAAAACAUCAAUGAUACUGCCACUGUCGUGGGCAACAUUGCAAAUACAGGAGGAGACGAGAAUGUUGGCUAUUCCUUGGUUGUGUCUGUUGACCAGAUAAUGAAUGCUGAUGAUGGCAUCCUCUAUCAGAGUCAACUUAAGGACCAAGCUCCUUCCAGAAUUGUACAGGCACUUGAGCAGUUCAACGAUCGUGUCAAUCUGACAACAAAUCGUUUCCGCCGCAUUGAACAAAACAUCGGGGUGGAAACUUACCAGAUUGGAGCUGCAGAACUGAUCAACAGUGUUGGUUUUGCAUCCCUUGAAGGCAGUGGAUACCUACAGGACAGAUUGGUACAGUCCUACUCUGACUCAUCCUUCAUCCCCUAUGACCAAGUGGAUGCUUCCAUAGUUCUGCCUGAAGAGCUGGGAUCAGUUGUUGCUUUCCUCAAGGAAAACAUCAUUGAUCCAACAGAUGUGGAAGUCCGUCUGAGUUACAUCAUCUAUCACAGCAGCCGGUUGUUCCAGUCCAACCAGACAGCUCCUUCCUCAGCCGACACAAAAACCAGGAUUAACAGCAGGGUUAUCGCCAGUAGAGUCACUGGGUUUACACUCAAGAAUCUCCCCAACCCAGUAGUGACAAGAUACCUUCCUAUUGUUGGGAACAGUACAAACACCACAGUGAACAACAUCAGGUGUGUGUUUUGGGACUUCAAUGCUGGAGGAGGGGGAGCCUGGUCUACAGAGGGAUGUGACUUUGUUAGGAUUGACAACAACAGGGUGGUGUGUGAGUGCAACCAUCUCACCAACUUUGCUGUUUUGAUGGACAUCUAUGGAGGAUUGCACAGCUUUGCACUGGACCUGAUCAGUAAGAUUGGUAUUGCCCUGUCCAUCACAGGCCUAGUCCUGACACUCAUCACUUAUCUAGUGUUCAAACAACUUCGUCAGACCAGACCACAGCACAUCCUUAUCAACCUGUGUGUGGCCCUACUGGCAACUCUCAUCAUCUUCCUGGCAGGCAUUAGUGCCACCAGUUCUCCUGUUGGCUGCACUGUGGUGGCAUUUUUCCUGCACUACUUCCUCCUGGCUGUGUUCAUGUGGAUGGCUAUUGAAGCCUUCAACAUGUACCUGGCCUUUGUAAAAGUCUUGGGGGCACAUGUGUCAAAAUUCCUCCUCAAGGCAGCCAUCAUAGCAUGGGGUCUUCCCUUUGUUAUUGCCAUCAUUACCCUGGUUGUGGACGUCCCAAGCACUUAUCCUGAUGGACAGGAGACUUACAGGAGCACAAGCUUUUGCUGGCUGCAGGGUAACCAGCUGUACUUUGGGUUCCUGUUACCUGCUGGACUGAUCCUACUGUUCAACACUAUUGUGUACAUCAUGGUCAUCAGUAAGCUGGUCUGUAGGGGCAGGACUAAAGGGAGAGUUGCUGAUCCCAGACAAGGUGGGACCAAACAGCAGCUGCGCAUCGCCAUCGCUGUCAUGGUGCUGGUCGGACUCACCUGGAUCUUUGGAUUCUUCAUGAUCAGUGAUGGUAGGAUUGUCUUUUCCUACUUAUUCUGCAUUUUCAACUCCCUGCAAGGAUUCUUCAUUUUCAUCUUCCAGUGUGUACGCCAAAAGGAAGUCCAAAACCUGUGGUUCAAGGUUCUCCUUGCAUUCAGGUGUUGUGGCUGUCCCGUGGACGAGUAUCGUACAACCAAGUCUUCAGGAGGGAAGUCUUCGUCCAACCAAACUGAUUCCACCUCAGAAGCUUACUCCCGUGGAAAGCGGAAAAGCAGUGCAGACACAAUGCCUAUGAACAUUCCCAUGAACAAUAUCUAAGGCAAAUGCAAAUGUUCCAAUCCAGGUUUCUUCCUUGGCUUUACAUGAUGUACAUUUUUGUAAUAUGACAAAGUGGCCAUAAUUUUGGUUCGUUUGCAAGAAGAUUUUAGCAAAUGACAGAAUGACAACGUUCAAAGUUGUUCAAGUCUGAUACAGGAGUUAGAAUAUUUUGGAUAAAUGAGAAAAAUUAAGGAAAACUGCUGCAACUUUUUCUCACAGACUUCUAUUUUCCACUUGACAAGUUCUCUUGCUUCAAUUUGUACUUGAAAAUGUCUGAGAACAAAGGAAAUGGCCUAGUGUGGCCAUAUGACUUUGUUUAAGCUUUGUGGAAAUCUUCACUUGUAUUGUCAAGGCAUUCAGAAUACAUUGUAUGUAGCAAAUGCUGUACAGGGUACAUGUACUUAGUAAAUGAUUGAGACUCCAGAUGUACAGGGUAAAUAAUCGAAGCUUGUAUCUUAGGCAUCUGGCUUAAGCUUUACAAUUGUGUUUUAUAUUUUUUCAAAGGCUUUAGAUUUUAGGCUUGGCAUAGAUGUUGACUUUUGGAUGGAUGUCUACUAGUUAUCAUAGCUUACAUAUUGUGUCAACUAAAUAAAUAAAGAAAUUCAUGACUGCAUGUUUCACUCUAACAUGUGACCCAUUGUAGCAUAGCAUUAGUAUAAUGUGAUCAUUGUGGUAAUAUAUGAUAGGUGCAUGCCAUUACGUUUUAUUAAGCACAAUCAGAUGUUGUACAAAUUAUCUAAUCAUUGCAUGCAUGCACCAAUGAUAAGCCAUGCUAUUUUUUGUUUUCUUCAAUUUGAAUCAUACUGUUAGAAAUAUGAAUAGCAGUGAUGUAUUUAGGAUCUGUUACACAUUUCCUCACAAGUAUAAUAACAUUAAAGACAAUACAUUAUAUUCAUCACAAACUCCUGGUAGUUAAUGCCAUAUAACUAAUAAUAAAUACAUGUACUAUUGUAUGAUGUGUACCAGAAAUUAUUCGCCACCACUAUAAAUUCAUACCUUGCAUGCUUGUAACUUUGUUGUAUGUAAACAAACAUGAAUUCCCAUCAUACCACUGAGUCUGAGGCAUUUUCUCAUGAUA